UCCUCCAUAGCUGGGCUCACUGGUGUCUGCACCAUGAGGAACGGGCAUCUAUGGUUGCUGCCAGGACUCUUGAUGCUGCUGCUGUUGCCAUUGAGAGCUGCAGCCCAGAAGACUAGUGAUUGUGCUCGCUGGUGCCCUCCAAACUCCACGUGUGUCAAUGCCACUGCCUGUCGCUGCUCCCCAGGAUUCAGUUCUUCAUCUGGGGUGAUCUUCACCAGCUUGUUGGAGAGCUGUGAUGAUAUCAACGAGUGUGGACCACUGUCAGCUGUGUCCUGUGGAGAAUUUGCAGAUUGCCAGAACACAGAGGGGAGCUACUACUGCACAUGCAUUCCAGGAUAUGAGCUUGCUUCUGGGGCAAGAAUGUUCAAGAAUGAGAGUGAGAACACAUGUCAAGAUGUGAAUGAAUGUCACCAGAAACCCCGAAUCUGUAAAAGCUGGGACAUCUGCACCAACACCCAGGGCAGCUACACCUGCGAGUGUCUGCCCCCCGGCUUGCAGCUCAACCCGGGCAACCCAAAUCUGUGCACAGACAUGAAUGAAUGCACAUCAGGGCAGAACCCAUGCCACAGCUCCACCCACUGCCUCAACAACAUUGGGGGCUAUGAAUGCCGCUGCCGCCCUGGCUGGAAGCCCAUUCCUGGGUCCCCCAAUGGCCCAAGCAACACUGUCUGUGAAGAUGUGGACCAGUGCAGCUCUGAGCAGCCUACGUGCCACAAGUCCACCAUCUGCAUCAACACCGUGGGCUCGUACAAGUGCCGCUGCCGCCGGGGCUGGGAGCUCAAACCUGGAUUCCGGGAUAAUCAACUGAAUACCACCUGUGAAGAGAUGUCGUUCCCCACCUGGACCCCACCCCCUAGAAUCAAGAGCCAGCGGCUCUCCCAUUUCUUUGAAAGAGUCCAAGGUCUGGGGAGACACUUCAAGCCAGCCUUGGCUCAGGACACCAUCCAGUACCUCAUACAGGAGGUGGAUGAGCUGCUCCAGACCCCUGAAGACCUGGAGGCCCUGCCCCGCUCAGAGCAGCACUGUGUGGCCACGAACCUGCUUGGUGGCCUGGGGGAUGUACUGAGAAAGCUGAGCCAGGCUCUGCCCAGUGGAACAUUGACCUUCAAUGCAUCUGCAGGCACAGACCUGUCCCUGGAGGUGCAGGAGCAAGGACACAGAAAUGUCACUUUGAGUUCAAAUCAGGCGAAGAUGUGGCUGAACUGGGAUGUGGUGCACAAAUCUGGUGACUCAGGUCCUUCUGUGGCGGGCCUCGUCUCCACUCCGGGGAUGGGCAAGUUGCUGGCAGAGGCCUUCCUGGUCCUGGAGUCUGAGAAACAGGCAGUUCUGCAUGGGGCACACAAGCGUAUUUUGCCAGGAGUCUCCUUGGUCCUGCUCUCAGAUGUCAUCUCUGCCUUUACGAACAAUAAGUACACCCAGAACCUCAGCUCCCCCAUCACCUUCAUCUUCUCUCAUCAUGAGGAGCGUCACGGGCUGGCUGUGAUCACCCAUGUGGGGCUGGGCAUCUCUCUGCUGUGCCUCGUCCUGGCAGCCCUCACCUUCCUGCUGUGCAAAGCCAUCCAGAAUACCAGCACCUUGAUCCACCUGCAGCUCUCAAUCUGCCUCUUCCUGGCCCACCUGCUCUUCCUCACGGCCAUCAACCAGACCAAGAUCAAGGUGCUGUGUGCCAUCAUUGCAGGUGCCCUACACUAUCUCUACCUGGCCUCCUUCACCUGGAUGUUGCUGGAGGGUCUGAAUCUCUUCCUCACUGCUCGCAACCUGACGGUGGUCAACUACUCCAGUGUGAGGAGGUUCAUGAAGAAACUCAUGUUCCCUGUGGGCUAUGGAGUCCCAGCUAUAAUUGUGGCCAUUUCUGCAGCAUCCAGGCCUUAGCUUUAUGGAACUCCCAUGCGCUGCUGGCUCCACACAGGAAAGAGAUUUAUAUGGAGCUUCCUUGGACCAGUUUGUGCCAUCUUCUCUGUCAAUUUAGUUUUCUUUCUGAUGACCCUCUGGAUUUUGAAAAGCAAAUUGUCAUCCCUCAACAGUGAUGUAUCCACCCUCCAGUACACAAGAAUGCUGACAUUUAAAACCACAGCUCAACUCAUCAUCUUGGGCUGCACAUGGUGCCUGGGCAUUCUGCAGGUGGGUCCAGCUGCCCAUGUCAUGGCUUACCUCUUCACCAUCAUCAACAGCCUGCAGGGCUUCUUCAUCUUCUUGGUGUAUUGCCUCCUCAGCCAGCAGGUCCGGGAACAAUACAAGAAAUGGUUCAAAGGGAUCAGGAAUAGAAGAACUGAGUCUGAGAAAUACACACUGUCCAGCAAGGCCAUGUCUGAUUCUUCCAGACGCAGCAUGGUUAAUUAAAAAAUGUCUUGAGUUAUAUCCACUUAUCCCAUGGAAAAUUGCAACUGUUAUUCUCUGAGCCACUGAGAGGAUAAACAAGGCUUUGUUGUCUGUGUUUCAAGAAAUUCACCAUGUCAACAAUGUGAAAGAAGUCAACAAUGUUUGAGAUCAAGAUCUGCAUAAUCUGGAAUUUUUCUGUGUCCUUCUUUGUGAUCAGAAAACUUUCAACAUAUAAAGGGCCAUAUGUGGCCCAAUUUCCUGGUCACUUUGGGUUACAUCCUUUUCUGAAACCUCUCCUUCCUACAAAGACUUUUCCAGAUACUGAACAUCUAAGUGCUGGAAUACUUAUCUCAGCAUGUUUUCCUACCAAAAACAUCCAUAGGAAUGGAAAAUUUCAUACCAU